AUGCAAGAUCUUAAAGAUUUUCUUGCCCCGAAAACAGUGAACAGGUUCAGUUAUGUGGCAAUUUUGGGUUGGCUUUUUCUCGGAAUUGUCCUGUCAGGAAUCUUUCUAGACAUAGAAAUCAACGAAUCGAGGGCUGAUUUUCGCUGUGGCUCAGAAGAUGCCAACAAGGAAGUAAUAAGUGGAAAGUGUUACGAACAGUAUGAAAAACGAAACAACAAAUUCGGUAUCCCUGUGUAUGGGUUCGUGAUUAUUAACUUUCUUGUUACUGCAAGUGUUUGUGGAAUUUACUCACAAGCGGUGAAGUCGAGAGUUAAUGAACUUGAAGCCUCAACAAACGCGGGAGAAGAAGGGCAGACUCGACAAGAGAUCACGGGCCCAACUCGGAAAAAGCUGUUCAUAGGAUACUGUUGUCAGCUUGUGGUCAGAUUUCUGCUUGCACUUGUUUUUGUCCUUCUGCAGGCCAAACUACUUUAUUCGCGUAGUUUUCCUUCGAACUUUAACUGUAAUUUAAUCAAGGAAGGCAAUUUUACAGCGGCUCAAAAUGUAAAACGGACACAAACGUCAUACGAAUGUCAUAAUCAGCGGGCAGCUAAGAAAACCUUCUGGGCUAAUGCCGUGAUCGUGGUAAAUGGAGUUUUGAUGUUUCUUGUGUUUAUCGAGGUUCUAUGUAUCGUGUUUCUAUGGGUAAGAAAAGGACAAAGGUUCUUGGAGGACCUGCAAUUUCAUAACUCUUAUCUGAAAUCCAAUUCAAGAGUUUUUCCAGAAACCCAACAACAGGAGUUAAUCAUCCACCGUAAUGACACUCCAAGCGAACCGCAGCAGUCAAGCGCUCCAUCUAACAACGAACAACUGUCAUUCAACUGCACUGAGACAAAUGAACAAACACCAGUCGCCACUUUCAUCGAACGUAUGAAGGAACACGUGUUAAGUAAAACCGAACGACAUGAUAGAGAUCCUUUUGAUCCUAAACCAGGUGAAGGCUGUCGAAGAGAUCAAACGCUUGACCAAAUCUAUACCAAUUUGAUGAUUCACGAGGGGAGGAUUAAGUAUGACUUGACUGGAGAAAGAGAGGAACAACUAUAUGAGUACACCAAACCCAGAGAACAUUCUCCAUCAACACUAGUACUGGCAGGAGAUAUUUUUGAUGCUGAAAAGCAGAAUAUACUUGUUGUUGGUCGUCCUGGAAUUGGAAAAACUAUGUUUAGCACAAAGAUUCUUCGCAACUGGGCAUCCAAUAGCUUGUUCACAGAAGCACAAAAAUCGCCGGUGGAUUUCAAAGUCGCAUUUUUCAUUAAGCUAAGGAGGUUUAACUCCAAACAAGACGAAAAAUUCAGUCUUCGGGAGCUUUUGAGUCACUCAGAGUAUUCCGCAAAAGAUCUAACCGAAGAGGUAUGGAACUACAUUCUUCAAAACCCAAACAAAGUACUUGUGAUUUUUGAUGGAUUUGACGAAUAUUCUGGUAAGACUAAAAUCGAUGAGGAAAGCCAUUCUUACAGAUACAAUGAAGAAGCGGGGAGCAUGCCUAUCCAUAUCCUCUUUAUGAAAAUAGCAUCAGGAGACAUUCUUCGCGGUGCCACAGUUUUAACGACCACAAGACCUAAUGCCGUGUCAUUUAUCAGUAGUCUCCACUUUCAUAAAACCGUUGAAAUUCUGGGAUUUACAACUGACCAAGUGGAUGACUAUGUGCAGAAGUUCACAAAAGGCGAUGACCAGAAAGCAAACACCAUAAAGCAGCACAUCAAAAGCAACCUUAACCUCUUAUCCUUUUGCUACAUUCCUGUGAAUUGUUUCAUCAUUUGCUCCUGCUUGUUUCAACUGCUUAACAACACAAACUCCGACAGCCCUGGCCUCCUUCCUACAACACUGACCGAGGUAUACUCCAUCGCGGUCAAGUUUUUUUACUUUCGUCACCACAUUAAAGAAAACAACAUAGAAAAAAUAUUCCUUAAGCCAUUUACGGAACUGUCCUCUACUGUGCAAAAGCUGUUCAAACGUCUAGGAAAAAUUGCCUUUGACGGUAUAGAAAAGGGAAAACUAGUUUUUGAAUCACACGAAGUUAACGACCUAGGGAGUAAUGGCUUGUUUCACCGUUUACCUGACUCUAGAGACCGUCCUUUAGCUGAGCCAAGACCGCAAUAUUGUUUUUUACACCUGACGAUACAGGAGUUCUUAGCGGCGAAGUAUUUGGUGGACACGUACAGUUCCGAAGACCUGCAGAAGUUUGUUUCCGAUCACAUCCAAGAUGGCGCGUGGAAGGUUGUGAUGCAGUUUGUGGCUGGACUGCUGGCUGAAAAAGAAGGACAAUCAACAGAUAUUUUCAGCGACCUUCUUCCCCCAGAAACGGAUACUUAUGAAGUUAAAAUCAAGAUGAAUGAAGAUUCAGAGGAACGAACUGAAAUACUGACCUGUUGGCCAGCUGGUGGACACAGGUUAUUAGUGGUGACGCUAUUCAAUUGCAUGUAUGAGAACAAAGCCUCUGAUCGAAAAGUUCAAAAGAAACUGGUGAAAAUUGGUUGUAAUGCACUUGAUUUUAGGCGUUGUAACCUGUCACCUCUCGACUGUUUAGCAUUAGUGCAUGCACUUAAAUCUGUUGAAGGAAUUUUGGAUUUUAAUUUAUACCACAACAACCUUCAGUCGCUAGGAUGUAUUGAGAUUGCGAAGUUGUUACCUGGCAACCAACACAAUCAGGGUUUUCGCGGACUAAAAAGAUUAAACCUCGGGGAUAACAACAUAACUGAUGAAGGAGUAAAACAUUUAUCCACAGCACUCACACACACUAACUGCACACUAAACAGCUUAAACCUCGGGGGUAACAACAUAACUGAUGAAGGAGUAAAACAUUUAUCCACAGCACUCACACACACUAACUGCACACUAAACAGCUUAAUCCUCGGGUAUAACAACAUAACUGAUGAAGGAGUAAAACAUUUAUCCACAGCACUCACAAACACUAACUGCACACUAAACAGCUUAAACCUCGGGGAAAACAACAUAACUGAUAAAGGUAAAAAUCUCGUAAAGUCAAUGAACAUAAGCUGUAAAGUAUCUUUCUCACUUUUUGGAUUUUGAUUUAAGCUUCAACAACCUUGAGUCGCUAGGAUGUAUUGAGAUUGCGAAGUUGUUACCUGGCAACCAACACAAUCAGGGUUUUUGCGAACUAAAAAGAUUAAACCUCGCUUUUAAUCAGAUAACUGAUUAACACCACACUAACUUCAAACUAAACAACUUAAAGCUAAAUCAAUAUUGCUUUUUCUAAACUUAAAGCUCAAUAAGAUAACUGAUGAAUGUAUAAAACGCUUCAAUGCCAGCACUGCACUCACAUAUACUAACUGCAAAAGAAACAAAGCUUAG